AUACGUGUGCCUCCAUAUAUGAUCCCGGAGGGCCGUAUACACACUCAGACCGUGGAAGUGUAUCGACAUAUCACCCACCACAUAUAGUUAAGUAUUCAGGAUACCACUAUUCUUUUCGCAAUUAGUUCACGAGACUUGGCCAGUUCGGACUUUCAGUUUCCCUGUUACUCAUCAAUAAUAGAGACAUCCUCCUACUCCUAGAUUGUUAGCUGGAGUCAAAUGCCACUGACUUAGGCAACAUGCCAGUUGUGGAGAUUACAUCUGCUACUCAACAGUGACAUAAAAAACUGGGAUCCCCGACGCUGAUACGAUAAUGAUGCGAUGCCCCUGACAAGGCCAGGCCCAGGAAAAUUCUGAGAUUUUGACGAUUUCGGGUUUCGAAUUACGCUUUUUUUUUUUUGCUGUGCUCUUUGCUAUGUUCUACUUCCCCAAUCAGUCCAUGUUUUUCACUAGGGAAGAGUUAGGCAUGGGACGUUUUACCGUCCAUGAUACCAUUACCUUCUCCUAUUAGAAUCACUUCAUCUUGAAAUCCCAUUACCCAUCAGAAGACUCCGAAUCCCGGGCAGAAUAUAGGCCAACUGCCACCAAUUAGCUGGUCAGUCACCAAACUGUUAUCCCGUCAUAUGCCAACAAUUAUGGUGUUGUGUUCAGCGGUACAAAGACAACCAAAAAUUAUAUCCAGACAAGAAAGGCCAGUUGUGUGUCAACAGACCAUGGGAUGAUAGAUAGUAUUGAUAUUAUCAUUGUCAGCUAGUUUCAUCUCUGCCUCCUUUUCCUUUCCCUUCUUCCUUCUCAUAAUGGUGCAAGCCACCAUGAGCAUUCCUCCUAAACCCCACGAAUGUGGAAUAUACAGAAGCUCACGCACAUCCCUGCACACUGUCUGAGGGUUAAUUGCGUUUUAAGCAUUAUUAUCUCUGCAUGCCCUCAAGCCUAUCAAAUUCCGAGGCGGCUAAAUUCCGAGGCGGCUAAAUAAUUUAAUUAUUUAUCCGCGGAUCCACAUCUAAUCUGUUUCGACCAUCCUAAACCAUAGUGACCAAAUAUCCAUGGAUCACCUCCAUCCAAAUAUUCACAGCUCGCCACGGGAUUGCCAAUAUAAGAUUGUGGGACAAUGUUCUCUACAGCGUAUACUAACUACACAUACUACAUAGCCCUAGAUUAGAUCUGUUUCGAAAGGAAAUUUCCUCUUUCCUACACCUUUCGCACGUCUCCUUUAUAGCAUCAUAGACUUCACACCUCAUUGUAAUUUACUAGUCUUGACAUAUCCCGCCACGAGCGAGAUGUUAAACCGAUCGCAACUCGAUGCCGUCAAGGUCAUGUGAUCAGCCUGCCAUUUCAGGUUAUCAAGGAUAGGCCAAUGGCUAAGUUGGUAAGUUUGACAGAGGCUUAUGCAAAUGAAGAGUUAUCUUUUUUUAUCCUUUUGCUUUUGCUCUCGUUUCAAAUGAGCUGUUUGAUGUCUAUGCACUUUAAACAAUGCCAGACAAAAUCAGUCACUCAAACUACAAUCACUUUAUUCAGGAGCUAGCUGUGCUAACAUCACGCAUAGGGAUGUUUUCGACAGCAGUCUGUAGCUGCUUGAUAUUAUAUCAUCAAGCUAAAUUAUUAUCGUCGUGAUGCCUUGUCAGGAACAGCUCAAUUCACCACAAAUAUGUCUGAGCUUGCUAUGGUCACUUUCCAGGCUUUGCAAAAUCUCUCACUUGAAGAUACCUGAUGAUCAUCAUAACAAACACCAGCACUCUACCUUUUGGUGUUGUCAUCUUGGGAAAAUGCUUUAAUAGGGAAAUCAAUGCUUGAUUCACUACUUCAGCCAUCAAGCAUGCCGUAUAUUUAAGUUCAGAUAUACAAAUAUUGCGAUGGACGGGCCCCCCUCGGAGCUCCCCUCUCCAAUGGUCUGACAUCAUGUCAGGCCGCCAGUGGCCAGUAUCAGGCUAGUCCCCGAGUGGUAUAUCUGAACAUUUGAAGGAAGCUGUCCAAAAUAUCUUAUCUUGCUAAUGGACAAGCGGGGACCCAUCGAAAGGCCGUAGAACAACCAUUUCAGCCCUCCCCUAGUGGAGAGAGGAAAACCGCCGCUUGACGAAGGAUAUUAUGUUCCAAUGUUCUCUCUAGUUUGUUGUGCUGUCAUACAAAUAUUAGCACCCAUACUCUAAGCUCUUAAGGUUUCUGCCCUUUGCUCGCAAAGAUCGUUCUUGAUUAUAGUUGGGAAUAUUAUAUUAUUCAGAUAACGAACCCGUUUCACUCUUAGAGAGCCUGGGGCUUUCAAACAUGUGGGACUUCCCAUUCAUCCUUGCAAUGAGGAUAAGAGCGAAAAGUUGAAACCUCUUUCAACUCUCUAUCCUUCUCCUAUCACCCUCUGCCUGUUUUUAUGGCAGGGGGGUUUUCUUUGAUCAUAGGAAAGUGGCUCUUUCACUUUAUCAGAUCCCAUGGUGUUUGUGUCGGUGCAUUUUUUGUUCUGGAGAAUGUCUUUAUACACAGCAUCACUCUCUACGUUUGGCUCCAUUAUUCACACUCUACACGCUGGCAACACCUCACCGUUCUAGCUCUAAUUUGCUGUCCCAUCUACUGGCCUGAGGCUUUCUUGCACGGGUCAAAACCUUAGCUAAGGAAUAGCAAUCUGAAGAUUUUGGACAAGCUGCAGGCAGAUUCACUCUCGUCCUGCGUCAUAUUCAUCCAUUGCUCUCCACGCCCGUCCCGCACGUCAAACCCGAUCCCUUCACAACGCUACGUGCGCUGGAAGUUAUCAGAUUUGAUCACCGGAGGACGUGUCUGAUCGUGUCUGAAACUCCACGCGCAUAAAAGGCCCGGCGCCUCUUCUUCUAUCUAUUUCUUAUUCUCAGCUUCUUUUGGUUUCCACCCAACUCCCCUCUCAAGGUUUUUUUUACAUAUGUGCACAAUUCCAACAUUUUCUUUCUAUUAGCGUACUAAAUAGUUACACCUCGGUCUCCAAACUUCUUUAAUAUAUCUCGCACUUGACCAGCCGCCCCUACUGGUCUCUCUCGAAGAAUUUGCCGCGAUCAAAGGGUGUUCCCCCUGGGAAGAGAUGGCAGCCUCCUUCUCCGAGCCUCUCCAGAUAGAAACACGAUGUCAGUUUAGCGGGCAAGCAUGCUCGACAGAAUCAAAUCACUAUCGUAAAGUGAUCUCUCACAUCUUCGGUCGCAACAAGAAGUGCACAGUCAAUAUUCCACAACAUGUAUGGAUUUAUUACUGCCGGAAACACUAUCAGCGGGCCCGGUACCGGACGGCUGAAUGGCCAUUCCGCCAGUGCGAUCUAGCUAUAGAAACCGUCCAGAACAUGCGCGCGUGGGGCGGAGUGCAGAAUUUCAAUCUGCAGCUCCGUCGACGAGAGACCUGGCGUACUGCUAGGCAGAUCAACGAGGAAGGCAAUGAUGGCGAAAAGGCUGAAGGCGAUCAGGACGAAGCCAUGCUAGAUGCAGAAGCCGAAGCUCAUGAGCCGGGCGAGCCAUCUCCAAGCAGUAAGAGCAGGACCUUUACCCCUAUCAAUAGACCCCCACGCGUCAAGGACCCAGUGAAAGAAGGGGAGUCAGACUAUCAUGGCAACGAGGACGAGGGCGAAGACAAGAACCUGGUGGACAGCGUCCCAACAGAUGAGGAAAUACUACCGCCGAAGAGGAGGAAGAAGAAGAAGAGAUCCCCAACGAUCAUUCCGCAUCCGGUCCCAAACUGGCUCCACACUCGAGUCGGUCCCAACAAGACCUUCGACGAGAUUCUUUCAGUCCUCCGCGACCUACGCGCCCACUUGACUGAAAUAGCACAGCAAAAACAACUUCCCCACUUCCCUGACAUUGAAAUCCUGCCAAACCUACGCCCACGUUCCGUCACACCCAGCUGCAGCACCCGUGGUGAUACUCGUCCUACCCUUCGGCGUCCCCUCCCAUUAAUUGACUCACCGACUUCAAGAACCGGGCUCAUCACAUCUGCACCAUCUGGGCCCACGCAAGGCCUCACCAGGCGAAGCGCUGCCAGUGAAACCCUUCACCGUCCUACGCGCUCCACGCAAACUGCACCUCCCACCCCACAAGCCGACACAAGCCCCACCAUAACCAGAGUCCGGCGCGCUACUGACCCCAGCAUCAGAUCUCCCGCAGGCCCCGACUCCGCCGCCAUGAGCUCUGAGGCCAGCGACAAUGAUGCAAGUAACCAGUCCCUCAAGUAUGCUAUUGGCCGCGCGGCUUGUCUUAUCAAUCCGACCUGUCGUGCCUUGAGGGUUUCCGAUCACGGCGCGGUUAAGAAGACGACGAAGAGAAAAAUAAACAAGUCUUAAUUUUUCGAAUAUUGUAGGUCGUGUGGAGUGCAUUUCCUUGUCUAUAGUACGACGUUGUGAGAGAAGGGGGGUAUAUCAAAGUCAACUGCGAGAUGAGAUGUUUUGGUUGUGUUUUAUUUUCCUUUCUCAUUCUUACUUUGUUUUAGUUAUUUUUGUAUUAUGGUUCCUUUAUUAUUGUUGGCGGUUAACUUAACUAUUUUUAUUUUACUUUUUUACCUAUUUACUAUUAUGUCUUUCGACUCGUUCGUUCACAUAUCGGGAAUGUGUUUCUUCUCUGCUAGUGCUAGCCCUUUGCGUCAUUCAUUCUUUUUCCAAAGUCUUUGUUCAUUAUUAACCUGGUGUAGUGUGGGUGGGGAAGGAUGGUCAUUUUGUCUUGUCUAUCGGAUUGCUUUAUUUAUUUAUUUUUUUUUUUUCACCCGUUGUUCUAAAACCGUUUGUCUCUCUUGUUUCCAAUUUUCUUUAUCUACAAUUACCACCCCACAGAUGUUUGCGGUGAGGCCGUUUGUUGCACUAUAUGAGUGGGACUGUUUUAUUUAUAUGGUUAGCGAUGUUAAUUGUGCUUCUGCGCUUGGUCUUGGUUUAUUUGGGGUUAUUCUCUUUCAUUUCCCCAUAUCCCUGUUUAAUCACAUUUUUUUGGUUUCCUACUUUAUUUUUCUUCCCGUCGGUUUAUUGGAUUAAGCCACCAAAUCGGGUUCAUAUAUUGUUUGGAUUCCACAGUGGGAUCAUAAUUGUUAACUAUCAUUUGCAGCAGCAGAAUCUAUGUUAUUGGUGGUUUUAAUAUUCUUCUCUCUAGAUCUUUUCCCUUUAUACCACCAAUCUGCGACAAGCCAGUUUAUAUCGUCAGUCAAGGGAAAGAUUUAUGAUGGGCUAUAUAGCUAUUUACGAAUUCAUAGCUAUUUCUCGUGCCUGUUAUGCUAUCUAUAUUCAAUUUGAUCUCUCUCCCCGUAGCAGCAGCUAUCCUUUCCGGAAUUUUCUUUGAUUUGAAUCUUGGAUAGUUAGUUAACUAGAUAUCGUUUACUAAUGAGGCUACAUCCCAUCCAGUACUGGCGAUAUCAGAAUUUUGACCUCUAUUAAUUAAUUCACAUAGACCUGAACGUUUUCACAUCGAGCAUGGCAGAUGAAGCUGUUUUCGGUUUAUCUUAGCUCUC